UUCUCGCAACCACGAGGUCGCCGGAUAACAAUUACCGUCUUUCAAAUAUAAACUUGGGUAUCUUUUAGUGAUCAGCACAUGUCUUUUCGUGGCCGAGGAGGGGGCCGUGGAGGUGGUGGUCGAGGUGGCCGUGGCGGUUUUCGAGGCGGUGGUCGUGGUGGUGGAAGGGGAGGUUUUCAACAGAGAGAUUUUGGGCCUCCCGAUCAUGUUACAGAGCUUGGACAAGUGCUCCACACUUGCGAGGGAGAUCUAGUGUGUAAAUGUACAAAUGAGAAGAUUCCAUACUUUAAUGCUCCAGUGUACUUAGAAAACAAGUCACAGAUUGGCAAAGUAGAUGAUAUCUUUGGUCCCAUGACAGAUUUUUAUUUCUCAGUAAAGGUAAACACAGAUAUGAAAGCUUCAUCAUUUAAAAAAGAUCAAAAGUUCUUCAUUGAUCCUAUGAAGUUGUUACCUUUAGCCCGAUUUCUCCCCAAACCACCUGGGCAGAAGGGACCCCCAGGGGGUGUUGGAGGUAGAGGAAGAGGAGGCAGAGGAGGUCGUGGUGGUGGACGUGGUCGAGGUGGUGGAGGCUUUCGUGGAGGAGGCAGAGGUGGUGGAAGGGGUGGAGGAGGACGAGGAUUCAGGGGGGGAGGGUUCAGAGGCGGUGGUGGUGGUGGAUUUAGAGGUCGUGGAAGAUGAAAAGGAUGCAAAGAAUUAUGGAGUACUUCAGCGCGGCUUAAUUUAACAAAUGUACAUAUUUUGUUAGGUAUCACUAUACCAGAAUUCAUGUUGCAGUUUUAUGACCUUGGUGCGGAUACUUCUCAACUUAAAAAUUUAAAAUCUCUAUUUUUCUCUUCAUUAUUGUUUUCUGUUCCAUACACUGCCUUACGCUGGGUUAUGUCUUGGAAUCACAUAACUGAAUUAAAAUCUCGCAUUCUGAUUGGUUAUCGAAGGAUAAUGA